GUAACGUACAAGUGGCUGAGUAGGAAACUUGGAGUAAACGUGAAUGUUUCAAAAAAAAUGUUGUGCGAAUUUUGGAAAAAUUACAAGGGAAAUGUUGAUAUUUCUGUAACAUUUCUACUAAUGGGUCAGAUGUCAAAUGGCUCAAUACGAAUUGAAGUUGUCAGACAAUCUAAUCUGUCUUCCACAAAAAAAAAAUUUGUUAAAAUUAAUUGUGAACAUAUUUAUAGUUUACAAAGAACAGUAUCGGAUUUACAAAUUUUGGCAUUAGCGGAACAAAUAGAUGUCAGAUUUACCACAAUUAAAUGUAAAGAAAGUUUUAUUAAGCUUAACCAAAACCUAUUUAUUUCACAUUUGGGAGCAAAAUUCCAAGAAGAAAAUCACAUUAAUGUCGUAAAAACAGCAGAAUUAUUAACCGAAACGACAACAGAGAAGCAGAAUUUAAAUGCAUCGGAACAUAAGUUUGGGCCAACAACUGAAUCCUCACUAAGAUAUAAAAUUGAAGAAAAGGUUAAAAAAACUGCAAAAAAGAAAGAAAAGAAAAACAAAGGUUUAGAAAACUCUUCAAAAAAAAUCUUUGGAUCUUAUAAAGCGGGACAACAAAAUAUUUUUUUCAGGGCAGCGAAAGAGGAAAUUGUUAAAGAGAACAGUGGAAACUGCAUUGACGUUAAAUCUACUGCCUUUUUAGAAACUAAUAUACAACAAAGGGCUGAGAAAACAGAAAUAUUUUUUUCACUAGAUGAUAACACACUUAAAUUUAAUAAUGAAAGAGAAAUAGGAAACAAAACUAGCCAUCCAAGUACAUCUAAACGCCUACAUAAAACAGAAAUUAUAACUGAUAAAAAGGCAAAUCAUGCAGCAAUAAAGAAGCGGAAACGAAUUAUCUCUUCUUCUGAUUCUAAUACUGAUGAAUCGGUUUUAAGUGACUUUGAUGAUGAAACAAAUAAUGUAUUUCAAAAGAGUUCUGGCAGUGUAGAGAAAUUUAAAAAAUCAUCAAGUCCUCAAAGAAAUAAAGAAGAUAUACAAACAAAAGACCGAACAUUUCUUGACGAGGAUGGCUUUCUAGUUACACAGAAAAUUCCAGUUCAUGAAGAGGCUGCAAAACAGAAUUUAAUAAACACAGUUACAUCGCCAGAAACGCGUACAGAAAUAAAUGUUAAAAACAAUAAAACAAAACAGUCGACAUUGAUCAGUUUCUUGAAAAAGAAGUAAUUUUAUAUUUUUAUUCUUGUGAAAAUGAAGCAAUGUACAUGGUUUCCGCUGUAUUUUAUUUAAUGAAUGUACUUUUUCUGAAAGAAUUUCUGAAGAAUACGAAUUUUAGAGUUAGAAUUUACAUGGAUGCUUCCACAUAUAAUCGUGUCCCUUUAAGCUCACUGACUUGAAAUGAAGAAAGAUGUUCCAUCCUGUCAAUUAUUGGAAUUGAAAAUAAAAAUUUUUUCUUAUGACAAAA